AUGCCGAUCGAGCUACUCAAAUGGCUGUGGGAGCAGCCCCUCUCCUCCUUCCCCAAUUCCCUCCGCAACUCCAUCGUCCAAUGCUUCAUGAUCGUCCUCCUCUUCGUCGACCGCCUCCUCUCCUUCGUCUCCACCGAGUUCGCCCGCCUCUUCGACCUCCGCCGCCCCUGCCUCCUCUGCCCCCGCCACCCUGCUGACAUCUUCUACAACGACUCCAUCUGCGACGCCCACAAGCGCGACGUCUCCUCCCUCGGCUUCUGCGCCGUCCACUCCAAGCUCUCCGACAUCCGCUCCAUGUGCCACGUCUGCAUCGUCUCCUUCGCCACCGAGAAGGAUUCCGACUGCGACAAGUACAAGGCCGUCGCCGCUAUUCUCAACAAGGACAUUGAUCGGAUUGUGGAUGACGACCGCCGCGCUGCCCUGCUCCGCCGCCUUAAGAAGGAUGACGACGACGAUAAGGGAGCCGAUCCCAAUUUGUGGUGCUCUUGCUGCGGGGAGCCCCUCAAGCUCAGGGCUUCCAAGAAGUUUCUGAGGAGUCUGUCCACCAAGUCCCCGGCUUCGUCUCCAAGGCUGUCGUGGCUGGCCAAUAGGAACGAUGAGACGCCUCGGUCGAGGUACCUGGAGCUGGAGGCGCCACAGAGUGAUGCAAUCACACCAUUCUUGCAAGACGAUCCUAACAGAACUCCUAAAUGGCUGAUGAGCAGGAGCAGCAAGAAACUCAAUUUUGACAAAGUGGAUACCCCUGUUGAGCCCUUGGACAUAAUGAGCCCUAUCAACGAGGUGGACAGCGACGUCCUCAGUCGUCUCAAGCAGCAAGACAAUCUCGACCAAGACUCCCUGAUGGCGCUGUACGUGGAGCUGGACAAUGAGAGGAACGCUGCUGCUGUGGCUGCCAACAAUGCAAUGGCUAUGAUCACUCGGAUCCAGCAGGAGAAGGCCGCUAUCCAGAUGGAAGCGCUUCAGUACCAGAGGAUGAUGGAGGAGCAAGCAGAGUACGACGAGGAGGCCUUGGACCUCAUGAGAGACAUGCUCAUCACCAAGGAAGAUGAUGUCAAAACGCUCGAGUCUGAGCUUGAGGCCUACCGGGUGAAAUACGGGCCUAUCGGGAAGUAUGGUAGCGACGCUUGUGAAUUUGAUACUGAUGAGGAUUUCACGGAGAUGAAGUCUCACUCGUCGUGUUUAAGCGAGAAAUUGUCAGACUAUUAUAGUUUGAAUGGUGGUGAUCAUAUGGAGGGAGAGUCGUCGUUCGAUUUCGAGGGGGAGAGGUCGUAUCUUCGUGGUCUUUUGACUGAUCUCGAGAAGAAGAUGAGGAAUGGUGAUAAAGAUAGAGAGUCCAGUUUCUCAAUGGAGGCAAUAAAAAAUGAUGAUCAAGACAGAGAUGGAGGUGAAAACAAAGGUAUACUUAAAACAGAGGUGUCUAUGAUCAAGGAGAGCUAA